AAAACGCUGAGCGGCCGAAGCACGUGCCACAGAGUCACAGUUACAAUCACGGCGGACACACCUGCUCCAGCACAGCCCCGCACAGCAGCCAUGGCCGCCUUCAAAGUCCUCGUCGUCCUGAGCGCCGUAGUCGGCUCGUCGCUGGCCUUCCCCGGCGGCCACAGCCUGGCCGAGUCCUACGCCAGCGUCAACCUCCUCAACUCGCUCGGCCACGGCGGCGGGCUCGAGCUCGGCGGCCACGGCGGCGGACUCGAGCUCGGCGGCCACGGCGGCGGACUUGAGCUCGGCGGACACGGCGGGAUCGAACUCGGCGGCCACGGUGGCCACGAGGAGGAGCACAUCAUCCUGGCCCAUCCGAAGUACGAGUUCAAGUACGGCGUCGAGGACUCCCACACCGGCGACUACAAGGACCAGAAGGAAGAGCGCGACGGCGACGUGGUGAAGGGCGAGUACUCGCUGCUGCAGCCCGACGGCAGGAAGCGCAUCGUGCACUACACGGCCAGCAAGCACGGCGGCUUCAACGCCAUCGUCUCCUACAGCGGCCACGCCAUCCACCCCGAGGUCCACGGACACCCCGACAUCCACGGCCACGGCCAGUAACUCCAUGGCGAAGACAACGUCGCCGACUAAAGACUGCACCUCAUCGUGAUAUCCAUCUGUACAUACUUCAUUGUAAUAAUAAUAAAGCAUCUCAUUUGUCUGGUAA